GGUGGGGAUUGCGCGACCGUUUUCCGUUGAAGUUCUUUUGAGAAACGUAUCGCGGCGACCGUCGGUGAGAGAAAUUAGUUACAAUCUCAUCAUACUUUUCAAUUAAACUGAUUGGAAAGUAGGAAUCUGGAUACUGUUCUUCAAGAAAAAACCCAUUAAUUUGGAACUGGAGGAUUUCAUUGCAUCAGAUAGUAAGAUGAAAGAAUCAACAACAGAUGGUGAAUGUGACAAGGCAGUGGCACCACAACUGAAGAGGCUAGAUGAAAUUAAGGCAGAACCUGACAAUGCUCAGGAGUAUUGUCAAGCCCAACAGCCCAAAACUCAGGAGAAUGACCUGAAAAUAAACACUACAUUUUCAGACAAUGCUUCUCAGAUGACUACAGGCAUUCAGCUCUCUCUGGCAUCAUCUGGCAUGAAUAAGAUGCUUCCCUCAGUUUCAACCACAGCUAUUCAGGUUUCCUGUUCUGGCUGUAAAAAAAUUCUUCAAAAGGGGCAAACUGCUUAUCAGAGGAAAGGGUCUACUCAGCUUUUCUGCUCCACACCAUGCAUCACUGAAUACAUUUCAUCUCUCAAUUCACCAGCUCUUCCGAAGAGAACUUGUUCAAACUGCUCAAAAGACAUUUUAAAUCUAAAGGAUGUGAUCAGUAUCCAGCUGGAAGAUACUACCACUAGCAAAACUUUUUGCAGCCAAUCUUGUCUUUCAUCAUAUGAAGAAAAAAGAAAACCAUUUGAUACCACAUGUACUAAUAGCAUUCCAGCCAAGUGCAGCAUGUGUCAGAAGACUACUGUUAAACCAGCCAAAACACUUACAUCUGUUCUUUGCAAAUCAUUGAAACCCUCAGACGAAAUGAUUGAGACUACCAAUGACUCGGGGAAGACAGAGCUUUUCUGCUCUGUGCAUUGUUUCUCUGCUUACAGUAAAGCUAAGAUGGAAUCUUCUACAGUAAAUGUUUCCAUGGUGCAUGAUGCUUCAACAGAUCUCCUUUCUCCAAAGAAAGAAACAACUCCAGUUAUAAGCAAUAUAGUGUCAUUGGCAGAUACUCAUGAAGCCCUGCCUGUCAUGAACUCUGAUGUAUUACAAGGUACAGUUUCUUCAGUAACAGCAAAUGUCGUUGAGGAUAUUUCUAAGACUUCACCCAGUGAAUCAAGUAAUGGUGUUGCUAAUAGUAAUGUGGAACAGCCAAGCCUUUCACCAUCUUCAUCAGUACUCAGUCAGCAUACAGCCGGCUCCAGUAUAGAAGUACAGAAAGAUCAUGUGUCAAACCAAGAUGGUACAAACAGUAUGAAAUCAAUGAAAAUAAGUGAUGGACUACGUCACCCAAAAUUUACAUCCAAAGUACAAAAAAUUAAAGGUAAAUCACGAAGUAUUAAAAAAUCUUGGUGUUCAAAUUUUCAGCAGUUAGAAAACAGUAUUAAAAAGGAUGUGAUAUUCUGUUAUUCAUGUCAGUUGUUCUGCCAAAAAAAAUUUAGCUAUGGAGGAGAGUCAUUUGCAGCCCAAGGAAUUUCCAGUUGGAAAAAAACUCUGGAAAAAUUCAGAAAGCAUGAAAAAAGUGAAAUGCAUUCAAAGUCAUUGCAAUUUUGGAGGGAAUACCAGUUUUGUGAUGAAGCCGUUAAUGACAGUUUAUCUAAUCAUUCAAAACAGAUUGAGGGAAAUAAAAAGUACCUAAAGCUUAUAAUUGAAAAUAUUUUAUUUCUUGGAAAGCAGUGUUUACUCUUAAGAGGAAAUGACCAGUCUGUUUCAUCUGUGAAUAAAGGCAAUUUUUUAGAAUUGUUAGAAAUCCGAGCAAAAGAUAAAGGAGAAGAAAUAUUUCGACUUACGAAUUCACAAGUUGACUUCUACAAUAGUACACAAAUUCAAAAUGAUAUUAUUGAAAUAAUAAAGACUGAAAUGUUACAGGAUAUUGUAAAUGAGAUCAAUGUCUCCUCAGCUUUUUCAAUAAUAUGUGAUGAAACAACUGAUAGUGCCACUAAAGGACAAUUCUCAAUUUGUGUAAGAUACCCACAGAAAACAUCAAAGGCUAUAUUAAUUAAAGAAAGAUUUUUGGGUUUCAUAGAUGUUGAAGAGAUGACUGGGACCAGCUUACACAGGAGUAUUAAAACUUACCUGCAUCAAAUUGGAGUUGAUUUGGAUAAAAUACGAGGCCAGGCCUAUAAUAGCACCAGUAAUUGGAGGGGAAAAUUUAAUAAAAUUGCAGCAGAAUUCAAGAAGGAAGAGCCAAGAGCUUUAUACCUGCAUUGUUAUGCACAUUUUUUGGAUUUAGCAGUGAUUAGGUUUUGCAAAGAAGUAAAAGAGCUCCGAAGUGCUCUAAAUACUCUCAGUUCUUUGUUCAAUACUAUUCAUGGGGAAAUGUCUGUAAAUUUUCAAAACAUUUAUAAGCUAAGUCAAAACAAAACAUGCAAGAAACAUACAUCACAAUCAUGUUGGACAGUCCAUGAUCGUACGUUACUAUCUGUGAUUGAGGGUCUUCCAGAGGUUAUUGAAACACUGGAAGUUCUAUCAAGCCAUUCUUCAAAUACAAGUUUAGCUGAUGAAUUGAGUGAUUUGUUGGCAUUGGUUUCCAAAUUUGAAUUUAUCUUUUCUUUGAAAUUUCUUUAUCGAGUACUAAGUGUUACAGGAAUUCUUUCCAAAGAGCUUCAAAGUGACACCAUAGACAUUUUUUCUUUGUCUUCAAAAAUAGAAGCAAUUUUGGAAUGUUUAUCAUCUGAAAGAAAUGAUACUUAUUUCAAAACUAUCUGGGAUGGAGCAGAGGAAAUAUGUCAAAAAAUAACCUGUAAAGGUUUUGAAGUUGAAAGGCCUUCAUUUCAGAAAAGAAGAAAAAUUCAGAAAACAAUAGAUCCUAGCAAUUCAGACAGUAUGUUUUUUCCUACCUCAACAGAAGAACAAUAUAAAAUUAAUAUUUAUUACCAAGGCUUGGAUACUAUAUUACAAAAUUUAAAAUUGUGUUUUUCAGAGUUUGAUUAUUGUAAAAUGAAGCAGAUUUCAGAACUGUUACUUAAAUGGAAUGAACCGUUAAAUGAAACAACAGCUAAAGAUGUCCAAGAAUUUUAUAAACUUGAUGCAGACAUCAUCCCAGAACUUAGAUUUUAUCGGCAAUAUGCAAAGCUCAACUUUGUCCUAGAUUAUGAUUGCAUCAGCUUCAGCAAUCUUGGCCAUUUGUUUAUUCAGCAUGGUCUUCACAAUAAUAUUCCUUGCAUAUCAAUGCUAUUAUAUAUUGCUUUGUCUUGGCCAGUUACUUCAGCAAGCGUUGAAAAUUCAUUUUCUACACUGUCUCGUCUUAAAACAUAUUUAUGUCAUACCAGGGGACAAGAAAAGCUUAGUGGCUUAGCCCUAAUGGCUGUUGAGCAGGAAUUGGUAAAUAAACUGAUGGAACCUGAAAGACUCAAUGGAACUGUGGAAAAGUUUAUCCUACAGGUGAAAGAAAUAUAAUACUUGCUAACUUGAAUUUACCUGAAAGAAUUUUGUAUUUCUGUUGGAUAUCAGUUUUUAUUUCAAAUUUUUGUCUUUUCAGAAAAAAAGUUUUUUCAUCAGAACAUGUAACAUUCACUUGGUUCAAAAUUCAUGACACAGAAUGAUACACAGUGGAAAGUCUCCUUCCCUUUUUUUAGUACCCAGUUUCCCCUCCCAGAAGUAUUAUCUGUUUUUUAAAUAUCCUUCUGGAGAUACUUAAUCAUAAAUGUACUGUGCAGUGCACAUUGUUCUUCAACUUGCUGUUUUCAUUUAACAUGAUUUUUUGAGAUUGUCGCAUAUCAGUACAUAGAGUUUCUUGAUUCUUUUUUUAAUAACUGCAUAAGAUUUAAUUGUAUGGAUGUACCAUAAUAUAUUGGAGCAGUCCCUACUGACAAAUGUUUUCUUUCCAGUCUUUUACUAUUGCAAAUAAUGCUGCAUUUAAUAACCUUGUACAUAGGUCAUGUUGCACAUUAGUGAGUUGCUGUCAGAUAAAAUUUUAAACUGAAGUUAUUAGGUCAGAAGAUU